UAACCCGGGAAACUUGGCCCCCCAACCAUGCAUCGGGCGAGUCUUAUAUGUCGUCUUGCGUCCCCCAGUCGCAUCAAUGCCAUCAGAAAUGCUUCAUCCGGAAAGAGCCACAUUUCUGCUUCGACACUUGUUCAGCACCGCAAUCAGUCAGUGGCCGCCGCCGUCAAGCAUGAACCAUUCCUAAAUGGAUCCUCAUCCAUCUACAUUGAGCAAAUGUACGAAGCUUGGCUUCAGGAUCCAUCAUCAGUACACACUUCAUGGGAUGCGUACUUCCGCAAUGUCGAGGCCGGAGCCGGACCAGGACAAGCUUUUCAGGCUCCACCAGCAACUGCCUACGCUGGAGCUCUUGGAGUUUCACCAGCAGCUGCUCAAGUCACGACCUCAUCUGCCCCGGCCACUCGCCUCGAUACGAAUGCAUCUGUUCAAUCGAUCUCGGAUCACUUGAAAAUCCAGCUCCUCAUCCGCAGUUAUCAGACUCGUGGUCACAAUAUCGCAGAUCUCGAUCCACUCGGAAUAAACAGUGCCGAUUUGGAUGACACGAUUCCACCGGAGCUUGAACUCUCGUUCUACGGACUUGGAGAACGUGAUUUGGACCGAGAAUUCCUUCUUCCGCCCACCACUUUUAUCAGCGAAAAGAAGAGCUUGACGUUGAGAGAAAUUCUUCAGAGACUUAAGGAUAUCUAUUGCACCAGCACCGGAGUCGAAUAUAUGCAUUUGAACAAUCUCGAGCAACAAGAUUGGAUCCGCCGACGAUUCGAAGCUCCACGUGUCACCGAGCUCUCUCACGAUCAGAAGAAGGUGCUGUUCAAACGUCUGAUCCGGUCUACAAAGUUCGAAGAGUUCCUCGCCAAAAAAUGGCCAAGUGAGAAGAGAUUCGGUCUUGAGGGGUGCGAAGUUCUAAUUCCGGCAAUGAAGCAAGUCAUCGACUCAUCUUCGACACUUGGAGUCGACUCAUUCGUCAUUGGAAUGCCACAUCGUGGAAGGCUCAAUGUGCUUGCCAACGUUUGCCGUCAGCCACUGGCCACGAUUCUGUCGCAAUUCUCGACUCUCGAGCCUGCUGAUGAAGGAUCCGGAGAUGUUAAGUACCAUUUGGGAGUCUGCAUCGAACGAUUGAACAGACAAUCACAGAAGAACGUUAAAAUCGCCGUCGUCGCUAAUCCAUCUCACUUGGAAGCUGUCGAUCCAGUUGUGAUGGGAAAGGUCCGAGCUGAAGCUUUCUAUGCUGGAGAUGAGAAGUGCGAUCGGACGAUGGCUAUCCUUCUUCACGGAGAUGCUGCGUUCGCCGGUCAAGGUGUUGUGCUCGAGACGUUCAAUUUGGAUGAUCUGCCGAGUUACACGACUCACGGAGCCAUCCACAUCGUUGUGAACAAUCAAAUCGGAUUCACUACCGAUCCAAGAUCUUCUCGCUCGUCUCCAUAUUGUACAGAUGUUGGUCGUGUCGUCGGAUGCCCGAUCUUCCACGUGAACGUCGACGAUCCGGAGGCUGUAAUGCACGUGUGCAAUGUCGCCGCCGAUUGGAGGAAGACUUUCAAGAAGGACGUUAUCGUGGAUCUUGUUUGUUACCGGCGUCACGGACACAAUGAGCUCGACGAGCCGAUGUUCACUCAACCACUCAUGUACCAACGAAUCAAGCAAACGAAGACAGCACUGGAAAAGUAUCAGGAGAAGAUUCUCAACGAAGGAGUUGCAAAUGAGCAAUAUGUUAAGGAAGAACUCACAAAGUACGGGUCGAUUCUCGAGGAUGCUUAUGAGAAUGCGCAGAAGGUGACAUAUGUUCGUAACAGAGAUUGGCUCGAUUCUCCAUGGGAUGAUUUCUUCAAGAAGCGUGAUCCACUCAAGCUACCAUCAACCGGAAUCGAACAGGAGAACAUUGAACAGAUUAUUGGAAAAUUCUCGCAGUAUCCAGAAGGUUUUAAUCUUCAUCGUGGUUUGGAGAGAACACUGAAGGGGCGGCAGCAAAUGCUCAAGGAUAACUCGCUUGAUUGGGCUUGCGGAGAGGCUCUCGCGUUCGGAUCACUUUUGAAAGAAGGAAUUCACGUACGAUUGAGUGGACAAGAUGUUCAGAGAGGAACAUUCUCACAUCGACAUCAUGUUCUUCACGAUCAAAAAGUUGAUCAGAAGAUCUACAACCCACUGAAUGAUCUAUCUGAAGGACAAGGAGAAUACACAGUCUGCAAUUCAUCCCUCUCAGAGUACGCUGUUCUUGGAUUCGAACUCGGUUAUUCGAUGGUCGAUCCGAACUCUCUUGUCAUUUGGGAAGCUCAAUUCGGAGAUUUCUCCAACACAGCUCAAUGCAUCAUUGAUCAAUUCAUCUCGUCAGGACAGUCGAAAUGGAUUCGUCAAUCUGGAUUGGUGAUGCUUCUGCCUCAUGGAUACGAAGGAAUGGGACCAGAACACUCGUCGGCUCGACCGGAAAGAUUCUUGCAAAUGUGCAAUGAAGACGAUGAGAUUGAUCUUGAGAAAAUCGCGUUCGAAGGAACAUUUGAAGCUCAACAACUGCACGAUACCAAUUGGAUCGUUGCCAACUGCACAACACCAGCCAACAUCUAUCAUCUUCUCCGCCGUCAAGUAACAAUGCCAUUCCGUAAACCGGCAGUCGUCUUCUCACCAAAAUCUCUUCUCCGUCACCCGAUGGCUCGUUCUCCAGUCGAAGACUUCCAAUCUGGAUCCAAUUUCCAAAGAGUUAUUCCAGAAACUGGUGCUCCAUCUCAGAAUCCACCAGACGUGAAGCGAGUUGUCUUCUGUACUGGAAAAGUGUACUACGAUAUGGUCGCCGCCCGUAAGCACGUUGGAAAGGAGAAUGAUGUUGCACUAGUCAGAGUUGAGCAGCUCUCACCGUUCCCAUAUGAUUUGGUGCAACAAGAGUGCAGAAAGUAUCAAGGAGCCGAGAUUUUGUGGGCUCAAGAGGAGCACAAGAACAUGGGAGCCUGGUCAUUCGUGCAACCACGCAUCAACUCACUUCUCUCGAUUGACGGUCGCGCCACGAAAUACGCUGGACGUCUUCCAUCCUCAUCACCAGCUACUGGAAACAAAUUCACUCACAUGCAAGAACAAAAGGAGAUGAUGAGCAAAGUGUUUGGAGUUCCAAAAUCGAAAUUGGAAGGAUUCAAGGCCUAAAUCUCUACGAAUUGACAGAUUUUUUUUGAUAUUUUUUGCUCUUUUUUCCUGUGUCCCCAGUUCUGUUUUACUCCUUUUUUACUUUUCUGCUCGUCCUUGUACUCUUUUCUCUCGAAUUCUCACAGGCUUUAUUGAUGUUUUUUCAUUGAUUAGUAUAUAGGGUAGUGUGAAGUUUUAGGUUUAAUCUCAUCCGCCGCCCGAGUCCCCGUCCUCUUUGUGCCUCCCCGUUUUUUUCUUCUGUCAUUAUCAUUUUCCCACACGCAAUUUUAAUAUGCAUGCUCUCUCUUCCUCAUUUUCCAGUGAAGAGAGCUAAAUUUUUUGAUAUGAACGUAUUUUCCUCAAC